CAAGAGUUGAUGGAGUAUAGCGAAUCACCUGAUUUAGGGCCAGGCAUGCGGUCACGGGAUCGGCCCUGGCUUCCCAAAGAGGUUAUCAUCCUCAUCUUCAAGGUUCCAUUCCGCUUCAUUGCCUACCUAGUAGGCUCGGCCGGUGAAAGCAUCAAUCAGGCAAGCAAUGUGCAGCGGAGUUUCAACAAGUCGCAGUAGACAUAUAUGUCAAUACAAGGUUCAUCAUCACUCCAUAUCAUCUGUCCGCCCUGGCCUGACAGGCCGGAGGAAGUUCUAGUACGGACUCCGUACUCCCCCGCCCCGCCUGCAACAGCGCAACGCGGAGCCAAUAAUGGCUCCAGACUUGCGCAACGUCUCGACUCUCAACUCUACCCUGCAGCCUUGGGGAGCAGAAACCGGGGUCUAUCCUAACACCGCUUCUCUUAUGGCUUGCCUUGCCAACGGGCUUGGCUUCUCUCCCCCUCCCCAAUUGCCACCUCGCCGUCCUGACCCGGGAUAAUGAGGCGGCCACGCGUGGAGUAUCUAAUUGUUGUGACCAGUGCGCAACAAA